AUGAUUGUUGCUCUCAUUGACCGGGCUGGUCUAAGGAAGACAGUCAUGGAUAUUGGAAAAUGUUAUGAGAAGCUAGUGAAAGAGUUCCUAGUUAAUUUGACAGAUGAUGUUGGCAUUCCUGGAAGUGCUGAAUUCAGGAAAGUUUAUGUGCGAGGGAAAUGUGUAACGUUUGCUCUUGCUGUGAUCAACCAAGCCCUUGGAAGAAGUGUUGUAGAGUUUGUUGAGGAAGAAUUGUCUUUGGAAAAGGUUGCCAAGGAACUCACUGCUGGACAAGUGAAGAAGUGGCCUGCUAAGAAGCUUUUAUCUACAGGGUUAUUGAGUGUGAAGUAUGCUAUUCUGAAUAGGAUAGGAGUGGUGAAUUGGAUCCCUUCUCAUCAUACCUCUGCUGUCUCUGCAAUUUUAGCCAAACUGAUCUACAGAAUUGGGACUGAGGUGCCUUUUGAUUUUGGCUCUUUGGUGUUUGCUCAAACUUUGAAACAUGCAGAAACUUGUGCUGUAAAGCUGCCUAUUUCUUUCCCUUCACUCUUGACUGCUAUCAUCCUGAAGCAGCAUCCUGAUAUACUCAGAAUGGAUGAUGUGGCUUUUCCUAAGGGUACUCCCAUCACUUUGGAUCAUCGCUUGUUCCUGGAUCCCCAUGUCCUGGAUAUUGAUAUGCCAUCUCGCAGGACAUCAAUUCCUGUUUCAAUGUCUGCUUCUGGAACUCAAAGUGUUAUUGCUGAAUUGGAGGAUCUUUCAAAGGAGUUGCAGGUGUCUAUCAAGGUUGCUACUGAGAGGAAGCUGAAGGUAGAUACUUUGAUUGCUAAGCUUAAAGAGAAGGCAGGUCACGAGGGUGAGUCUAGAAGUGAUGCUACAGAGGAGGAAGGAUCUGAGGAAGAUGAGUCUUCAUCUGAAGCUUAA